AUGACGUCGUUGCAGUUAAUGGAACAUCAAAGCGAUAGUACGUCUGACUCUGCCCACAUCUACACACAGGACAAGGUGAAUGCGACUAAAUGCGACUGCCGCACAAGUGAUGAAGAGAACAAGACAAGAGACCAUCUUCGUCUCGUCAUACGAAUAUCAGCAUUAAAAUUACUGCCAACUGUACGGGAGAUCAUCUACCAGAGUGAAGCUGAGAAAUCAUAUCUUCUUCUUCGAGCAAAAUAUGAAAUACUCAAGGAUUUAAGAGUCAACUACGGUAAUUUACUAGCGGGAACGAAUAUCAUGCCCAGUGUUGAUGUUUUAAUCGAUUCCAUCAGGGUGAUGAUGAACGACAAUCAGAGUCUCACUUUGAAAGAGAUGCAUUUGUUGGUGACAAAAAGUGUGAGCAAAUUCCACGCUACAGUACUUCCAACGGCUUUUUUGUGUUUCGCCCUUGGCACAUGCAGAAUGGGUAGUUCACAGUACAUGAGCUGCAUGCGUAACAAUGUGCAACAAUGGACGACAUUUCUGGGUGACGAUCCGCUAAAUAUAGCAAAAAAGCUUGCCGAUUUCCUGCACCGCUAUAAAGGAGCAGAUAACGUGCUUCAAGCUAUUCAUACUAGUUUGAUUACUGCUGAAAAUGAAGUAACGUCAGAAUGUGCUCGACGAUUCAAUGAAAUCACGGUGUGUCUGAAAUGUCUCACUGACGAUACCGUUGGCUACUGUAGAAACUCCUGUCUGAUGGCGUCAUUCGGUUGUCUUGAGAAUUUGGCUGAAAAGUGGGACGCCAAUGUUGAUGAACUGUACGAGCUUACUAGAAAUUAUAAGCAAGGAUUCGAAGAAGUUGGGAUAAAACAACCGCGACUAGCCAGAGUAAUUGUGAGUCGAUGUGGUCCACUGCUCCUAGAGAACAUCAGUGACACAUCAUACAUCACCCCAAAGCCGCGAAAGCCGAAGGAAGUCGAGUUGAAUAUGGAGAAGCUUGUUGAACAGAUGCGUCAACUGCGGAAAUGUUGGCGGCAGAUUGCCGAACGGAUGUGUUCGGCGGCGACCACCGAGCACUCCUUCUGUUGGAACGGCACCAGCGUCGUACGAAUACAACUCGCUACUGAUGAUUUUAACAUCGAAACGAAAGAUGUUCGCCCACGUCCCAAGGAGCCGUGGUUAGAAGAGUCAUCUGGUUACCCGUAUGAUACAGAUGAUGAAGAUUAUAAUAAUAUUGGUGGCGGUUCCGGAUCCGGAAUGCCAUUCGAAGAGGUGGAUGAAAUUCACGUGCACACGAUGACACCCGGUGAGUGCCAGUCAAUCAUUCCUUCAUAG